AUGGAUGGAAAUCGUGGCUGGGACAAUGGAGGUGGAUCUCGAGGAAAUCAGAAUUUUCGAUCGCGAGGUGGUUUUGGUGGAAAAAAUCGUGGUGGACGUGGCAGAGGUCGUGGACGGGGUGGUUCUCGGAAUGAAUUUAAAAAAUUUGUAGAUGUUGAGUCUCGGGAAAAGGAUCAAAAUUGGAGUGGUCGAAGAUCAUGGGGUUAUGAUAAUAAUAAUUACAACAACAACAGUAAUAAUCAAAAUAAUUUUGAACCGCGUAGAAGUGGUUUUGGUGGAACAUCUUAUUUGUACAAUAAGGACAAGGAUGCAUCCAAUAAUAACAAUAACAACAACAAUAACAAUUCGUCGACUUUUGAUCGGCCAUCAUUUGAUGCAACAAAUAACUCCACACAACAGAUGGAAAAGCAGCAACAACAGCACGAGCAAGUGAAUAACCAAAUAAAUUUGUGGAAUAAUUCCUCGACACCGAACACAUCAAGAAAUAAAUCCUUGUCAACAGAAACAAAUCUGGCCGCUGAGAAAUCUGCAGUGGAUAACAAUAAAUUGUUGGUAAAUAUAAAACAAGAAAAAAUAAAAAAGGAAAGAACAACAUCAAGUAGUUCAUCAUCAUCAAGUGAUUCUUCAUCAUCGUCGUCGGAUGAAGAUGAUGAGGAACCAAAAAAUACUGCUGCCACACAAAAAGCUGAGGCCUCAAAUAAAGGUGCUCCAGCAAGUCCCUUGAAUAUAAGAUUGAAACCAAUAUCAACGAUAACAACUACGCCCGUUGUGAAAACCAAUAAGAAAUCUGUGCCACCAUCGUCUUCUUCCUCCUCCUCAUCAUCAUCUUCUUCAUCAGAAGAAGAACAAGAUGCAGUUCCUCCACCACCGCCAAAACGACCUCCACCUGUUCCUCAAACAGUUCAUAAUGAUACUGACAAGACUAGCAAAAAAUCGGAAAAAUCCAAAAAGAAGAAAAGUAAAAAAUCCGAAGAUGAUGUUGUAUGCCUUGGAAAACUAGAAAAUAAGGUUACAUUGGAUGAAGAUGAUGAUGAAGAACAGGAAAAGAAAUCCAAGAAAGCAUCUAAGCCCAAAAAAGAGCAAUGCAUGCUAUGCGAUAAAAAGGGUCAUACAUCUUUCCAAUGCCAAAUGAUAUGUAAAAAUUGUUCAGCACCAUAUCACGGCUAUCGUAACUGUCCACAUCCUGCAAAUCUAAAUAUAAUGAUGCAGCUAUAUUUAGAAUUUUGUAUGCAACAAUUACAAAAUUUCCAACCGGAAACACAAUUUCAGCAAUGGUUGUCGAACAACGCAAUCAGCUCAAGAGAUAUUACUGUACCACAACCCCUGGUGGGUUCACCAGCUCCCCCAACAACAAUAAAAAAUAAGGCAGGAAAACGGAAAAAUGCCACCGCAAAAAAUAAAGAAAUUCCAACGAAAAAACGAAAACUAUCUGCCACAAAAAAGUAUGCCAACAACAAAAACAACGAUGAUGAUGAGGAUGAAUCUGAUAGUUCAUCUGAAUCAGAUGAAGAUAGUACCUCCUCUACGGAUAGUGAUGAUUCUUCAGAAGGUUUUCAACAGGAGCCACCAUCAACAAAUGGCAAUAGUAAAAAAUCGAAAAAUAAAACAAAAUCACUUAAUCCAUCUGCCUUUAAUAUGAAUAAUUUCCUGCCAAAUAAUCCAGUUAGUUUCCCCCUUACAUUGAAUACCGGAAUACCAAAUCUACCUAAUGUUACAAAUCAACAUUUAAAUAAUCUACUUUUAUCGCAAAUGUUUCAAAAUGCCAUUGGUACUAUGACUAAGAAAAAACGUUCAUAA